AAGCAAACAUGUGAUUUUAUUGAUAUUUUGGCUCAAGUUUGCAAUGUUUUCAUUACUAGUUUAAAUGAUUAUUGUGAUUAAUUUAAUAUAUAAGUUUUGAAAGCAAUAUCAUGAGUUUAUUUAGGCAAUCCCUGAGAUUGCUUAAAGAAAACAGAGUCUCAUCACUGAUGUUUUCUAAAGUUUACUUUCCCUGUUAUCCGUUUUCAUCAACAUUUCCUCCAUUAACCUUGAUUAAGACACUUUCGACUGGUCCUCGACUUGGUAAUACAACUUUCGAAAGAAUGUAUCCGACGGGCCGAGCAGUUGUUUUUCAUUUGCAGCAGUUAUCAAACUCAUUAAAAAACAAGGAAAGUGAUUCAAUUUCCAUUUUGAAUGAUGCCACAUUCAAAGAUAUCCUUCAAGAUUUAAUCAUCAACUUAGAAAACACAUCUGUGUUUUAUAACUACUCUAUCAACGAUUUGUGCUCCAUUUAUCGUUGCUUGUUGGAAAUCGGUAUCGAACCCAAACAUGAAGUUAUAGAUUUGCUCGAAGGAAUGAUUAUCGACGGGCUCGACAAUGCCACUAUCAAUGAUUUUCGUAUGCUCAUUGGAGUCCAUAAUCUUAUGUAUCGCACCAGCAAUGGUAAAAAACUAUUCAGUGAAAUAUCCUACCGAAUGGAACAGAUCAUAUCUAAAAUGAACUUACAACAGUUACUUGGGAUGUUGAACACAAUAAAUGGCCCUAUACCGAGCAACUUCCUGGAAAAGCUGGAACAAACGGCUACUUCAGUUAUCUCACAAAUAACCGACCAUGAGCCAUUAAUUGGUCUCUAUUUGAAAUUUUUUGUCAGAUUAGCAAACAAUGGUAGAAGACCUUUACCUCUAUUGCAUGCUUUGAGAAAUGGUCUCAAAGAAUGUGAUCUCAAUGCUUACCCCGAGCCUUUACAUUUAAUCAACGUAGUUGCGGCUCUCAAUAAACUCAACUAUCCUGACCUACUUUUGCUCCAGAAAAUUGAAGCAUCUUUAACAAUUAACAAUCAUUUGGAACUUGUAAAAAUAAAUGGUUUAUCAGUGUUACUGACAGCCGCUGGUAAAAUGAAUUGGAGAUGCGAUGCAAUUUUAAAUCAAAUUUCCCAAAUAAUCCAAGAUGAGAGCCUACCUCUACGACAUCAAGAAUUGGUCGCUUUUGUUUUAGCCUCUGCUAAAUUAAACUUCUAUCCAGAUUACUUGGAUGAACUAUUAAAGAAAAGGAUUUUUCCUGAGAUAAACCAAAAAUCUAUCAAAGAUUCCUUCAUAUGGCUUGAUUUUGUUUGGUCUUUGGUGAUAAUGAAUUUAGUACCUGCAGCUUCCAUCGAAUCCAUCUUUAAUCAGUCUUUCAUACACAGUUUGAAAAACAGUGGUAAUCCUGAAGCGAAAUUCACCAAAUGGAAAUUAAUGAAUAUUUUGACUUACGCUCGACUAAACGGUAUCAAUGUCAAUCACGACAUUGAUUUAUCUUACUUUCAAUCUCCUCCAAGAAGUGUCGAAUCAGUAAAUCAAGGAGCCUUUGCAAAUGAAAUCUUGACUAAUUUCAUUAUCAGACAAAAAGAUCUAGUCACUAAUUUUGAGUCCCCUGUUGGCUGUGCAAUAGACGCUGAAUUUAUUGCGAACAAAGACACAAAAUUUUUACCAAUUAUUGAAUAUGGAACUCAUGCCAAUCCUUUGAAAGAAAUACCAUCUGAAUACAAAAGAAUUAGUUUAAUUGCUCAUGGUUUCAAAGAUCUUGUUAUUAAUGAUUCCAGUUUAAUUGGACCAAGGAGAUUCACAGUAGAUGCUUUAAAUCAUUUAGGAACCAAUGUAAUCGUUAUCAGAUCGAGUGAUCUGAAUACGCAAAUGAAACCUGUUGACAGAGUUAAAACUCUGCGCUCUAAAAUAGCCGAAGUGUUUCUUAGUCAAAUUUAAUGAAUGAAUAAAUUAAAUAGUUAUAAAAUUGAA